AUGGAGUUUGCUAAGGGCGGGCUCAUUGAAAGCAUCAAAGAUGCACUUGGCCCCAAGGCCACCUCCACGAUUCAUGCAAGGGCCAGUCCAGUGCUGCAGUAUAUUCAGUUUUGCAAAGACAGAGGCAUUGAACCUUUUCCGCUGGUUGAACACACCUGUUAUGACUAUGUGAAGUCGUGUGAAGGCAGGGCUGCAACUUACACUAGAUCGUUUCUGUUGUCGUUGAGCUUCGCGAACUAUCACUUCGGCGUACAAGGUGCAGAUGUGGUCUUGGGUUCAUCACGAAUUCGUGGACUGGUGAACACGUUGUUUGCUCAGAAACGCAAAUUGGUCCAAAGACCGCCUUUGACAGUGAAUCAGAUUAGGCUGCGCUUCAGCGAUGGUCAACAAAUUUGCCAACUGACUCUGGACCAGCAAGACGAUGGUUUUGGGUUCGUCGAAGCCUUGGCCGCCAAAACAAAGACAUCGGUGAGCUUGGAUCGGAAGACUAGGCACUUGCCAGUAGCAGUUCCGUUGUUGGCUUUCGGUGACGCGCAAUGGUUGCCUACUUGGCUUGAUCUCAGACAGAAGGAACUGGGAGCACAGGCCAACAGCAUAGACGAGUUCAUCCCGCUGCUUCCCUCGCCGACGAUGAAGGGAUGGUCCAAGAUGCCGCUGGGAGUGACUUCUGGAGCUAACUGGCUGAGGAGCCUACUUCAAGGCGUUGAGCCCGAGAAGGGAACUCCGGUUGGGACGCAUUCACUGAAAGCCACGUUGCUGUCAAUGAGUGCGAAGUACGGCAUGAACCACGGGGUUAGAAAACUCCUUGGAUACCACGCCGGAUCCAAAAAUCAGAGCAUGCUCUGCUACAGCCGGGACGCUAUGGCGGAGCCCUUGAGACAGAUGUGCCAGAUGAUACAAGAGGUCAAAGCUGGGAGGUUCCUUCCCGAUUGCUCCCGAUCUGGACGUUUUCCUGCUGUGGCCGAGUCCGAGAUUCCGAAAGAGCAAGACGAGCUGAGCGAAUCGUCAUCAUCUGGUUCCGAAAAUGAAGAGGAAGUUGAUCAUGUCCAGGAGGAAGCUGCAUGCGCCUCAGUGGUGGGAACUUGGCGUCCUUCCAAAGACGAACGGCUGGAGACGGCAAUUUUCGUGCGGCACAAGGUGUCGCGCUGCAUUCAUGCCUUUGCCGACGAGUCUGGAAUAGAGUUCACGUGCGGUCGCAAAAUGGCUAACACGUAUGAGGUGCUGAGAACUUUCGUCGCCAUGAGCUACGGAGACAGCAAGGCUGUUUUCGCGCAGAGAUGCAAGGAGAUUGGCCUAGAUGAUGCGGUGACCUCAAAGAUCAUAUCACAUGGGUUAGACACGAUGUCAAAAUUUGCUUUUGCUUCCAACUUCCAACCUGGAGCCACAGAUGAGACCCCACUGGUGAACUUGACCAAAGACUUCCUUAGCAGGUCACCUACUACAGUUGAGAUGUCAUGCAUUCGCAGACUUUUCAGUGAGAGCUACGCCAAUGUGGCGUCUGACAUCAAAAGCAGGGUUGAAGCCAGUGACGACACUCCUGCUCGCAGGUUGGCUCCAGCAGAACGUGCAGAACGGUUGAAACAGCAGCAACGUCGACUGAUUGGAGUGAACAUCUCAGGACCAUACGAACCAGGUGAUGCAUUGGUGGAUCGUUGCAUUAGCGUUUAUGAAAGCGACAGAAUUCAGUACAUACCAUGGGAUGUUUGCACCAGUCGCGAACAUGAGAUACUGCAUGGUUCCAAGAAAGACCAAUCCUUGACCUUUGACACAAGUGGUGCCUUGAAGUUGCAACGUCAGACGAAGGUGGAACCGUGCAGCACCGCCUCAGAGAUUCAAGUCAGGUAUUGUCUGACCAGGCGGGCACUGGCCCUUGAGCAGGCAAAUGUUGUCGGGUUCGCCAAGAUGGAGGCUUGGAGUGAGAAGAUGAUGCAAACUCGUUUGGAGGAUCCUCCACCAAACCAUGUUCGAACCACUAUGAAACAGUUGGAAAUGGCAGAUCGCAAGUUGUUCGUGCUCAUCAGUGAACGUACUCGUGAAGGCAUCAAACCAUCACCGGCCGGCAGACCUGUCGACGCAGUGAUCAAAGAUUGCAUGGAAAGCUCUGAAGUUUUGACACUCCUGCAACCGCGCCCAAGUUCCUCUUCAUCCAGGCCAGCCGAGACACCAUCGUCAGGAGAACCACCGUCCAAGCGAUUCAAGGGCAGUGGCAAAGGCAACAAGGGCAAGGGCAGUGGUAAGUUGGGCAAAGAUUCUUUCAUCCGAAUCCCGCAUGAGUUGUUGGCCCUAAAUGCAGUCCCUGCCACACCUAAAGGUCAUCGUUUGUGCUUCUCCUACAACUUGAAGACAUGUAGCAAUACCGUGGAUAAGCAACGGUGUCCCAAAGGCCUUCAUGCGUGUGCAGUGAAAGGUUGUCACAAGCAACAUCCGGCUCUGGAUUGUCCCGGGGCCGGAAAGGAGUGA